UUAUUUUGGUUUUUUAAUGGUUUUACACAAUUGGAAGGAAAGCAAGCAUUGCCUAGAGUCCUUCCUAGAGUGAGGGAGUUGGGUCUUCGUGUAUGGCUCCAUCCAUGGCCCAGGAUUCUAGGCUUGCAUACUUCGGGGUUCUGCCUCACUCCCUUAAGCUUUUUUGAAUGAAUAUCUCUGUCCCUCUGGAUCUGUGUCUUCACUUUCAUCUCUGUGUGUCUGAAUUGGAGGUGUUUCUGUAGUCCUGAGAGGGUUUCCUAGGAUUUCUGUCUCAGUCUCAGCUCGUCUGUCACUGGCUUUCUCCUGCUGCUCUUGCCUUAGCCAGCGCUGUCGGGGGAUGGUUUUCUGCUCCAAGCCUAAGCUCUCACCAUUCGGGAGCGUCUGGCUGGGGUGUGGCUGUAAUGCGGGUGUGUCCCGCCAUCCCUAUUCUUGUCUGGCACCCCCUUGGGCUCCCCUCAGGCCCCCUUCUCCAGCCUCUCGGUCCGCUAAUUCCUAUCCCGCCCCCCAUCCCAUCUGAUCCCCGCUUCCUUACAUGGUCACGGCUGGGGCCUCCCUCUCCCGGACGUCCCCCCUCCUCCCUCUCUCUCCCGCCCCCCCAACCGGACACAGCCCCCGCCCUACUGCUACCCCUCAGCCAGCCAGCCCGGCACCCCAGCCAUGGAGGACCUGGAUGCUCUUUUGUCUGACCUGGAGUCCACGACAUCCCACAUACCCCGGACUGGGGCUCUUAGGGACCAGCCCCAAGAAGCCACCACUGCUCCUCCUCCCUAUAGCCCGCAACAACAGAAGGUGGCCAGGGAAACCUCUGGGGCCUCAGGAGACAAAGACCAUUUAUACAGCACUGUGUGUAAGCCUCGUUCCCCCAAACCAGCGGCACCCCCAUUCUCCUCCAGCGGUGUGCUUGGGGCUGGCCUUUGUGAGCUGGACCGCCUUCUGCAGGAGCUCAAUGCCACCCAAUUCAAUAUCACAGAUGAAAUCAUGUCCCAGUUCCCAUCCAGCAAGGCAGCUGAUGGAGAACGAAAGGAAGAGCAAUCUGAGGAAAAGAAAAGGCCUACCACCCCCCCUAGCCCGACGCCGCAACUGCCCAAACCUUCAGCCACCUCAGCUACGCUGGAAUUGGACAAGCUGAUGGCUUCCCUUUCGGAUUUCCGUGUCCAGAAUCAUCUUCCUGCUUCCGGGCCUACCCCCAAACCAGAACUGAGCUCAGUGAGUGAUACCUCGCCACCACCCACCUCAGGGUCUACCGCUGAGGGCAGCCUGGACACCAUGCUGGGGUUGCUGCAGUCAGAUCUCAGUCGACAGGGAGUUCCCACCCAGGCCAAGGGCCUUUGUGGUUCCUGCAAUAAACCCAUUGCUGGGCAGGUGGUGACAGCUCUAGGCCGGACCUGGCAUCCAGAGCACUUUUUAUGCGGAGGGUGCUCCGUGGCUCUGGGAGGUAGCAGCUUCUUUGAAAAGGACGGGGCCCCUUACUGCCCUGAAUGCUACUUCGAGCGCUUCUCCCCGCGCUGUGGUCUCUGCAAUCAGCCCAUUCGCCAUAAGAUGGUCACCGCCCUGGAUACCCACUGGCAUCCGGAACAUUUCUGCUGCGUCAGCUGCGGGGAGCCCUUCGGAGAGGAGGGGUUCCACGAGCGGGAGGGCCGCCCGUAUUGCCGCCGGGAUUUCCUGCAGCUGUUCGCCCCACGCUGCCAAGGUUGCCAGGGCCCUAUCCUGGAGAACUACAUCUCGGCGCUGAGCGCACUGUGGCACCCGGACUGCUUCGUGUGCAGGGAAUGCUUUACGCCCUUCUCGGGAGGCAGCUUCUUCGAGCACGAAGGACGUCCGCUCUGCGAGAGCCACUUUCACGCCCGUCGGGGCUCCCUCUGCGCCACCUGCGGGCUGCCGGUCACCGGCCGCUGCGUUUCCGCGCUAGGGCGCCGCUUCCACCCGGAUCACUUCACCUGCACCUUCUGCCUGCGCCCGCUGACCAAGGGCUCCUUCCAGGAGCGCGCGGACAAGCCUUACUGCCAGCCUUGCUUCCUCAAGCUCUUCGGCUGAGCCUCCUACCCCGAGAAAGGCCGACCGCAAGGGCAGAACCCCGUUCUAAGAAAGGCCUCUUCCCUUCCCAAGAGCGCGGUACGAGGGGAGGCCCCUCCCCUUCUCCCCCUCCCAAACCUGCAGGUUGAUUAGCCUCCGUCCCCAGCGAGGCCUCCUGGGAACUAGACCCCGGCCCAAAGAGAGGUCCUUACCCUCCUCGAGAGCCCGACUCAAGAAUAGGAACGCGUCCCCAGCGCAUUUCGCCUUUUAAUUAGAGUGCCGCCGACUCCCGCCCCUUAACUAGACCCGUUCCCAAAGAAAGGUCCGGUCUUUCCUUGGAUUCAAGAAUGGACCACGUGUCCAGUGCCCGGAGGUCCAUGUCUAUCGCGACCUCAAGGGAGACGUUCUCUCCAAAAAAACCGCGGCUUUCAGGAGGAAAGUCUCUUCCCAGAAGCCGCCCAAUUAUCUCUGAAGCUCCAUCCCUCUGGGAAAUAUGGAAAAAGGCAUAGGGGUGUAUAGUGAAUCCGUGCCUCUCUUGGAAUAGGGUCUUAACCUUGUUCUGGCUGACUCAAGCCUACUCAAGGAAUAGGCUUUCAGAGGAUACUCAGUUAUGGGGCUCUGCUAGAUUUUCCCAAAUGUGGGGAACCCUUUUAAGUUUUAAAGCACUUGGAUUUUACGGAGAAAGGAAAGCUUAUGGGAAUGGGACCAGGUCCAAGAAAACUGAGGAUCCAGGUUCUGCCUCAGGGUAUUUUGUGAGAACUCUGGGUUUCCCUCACUGCUAUCCUCACAUAUCUCUAUAUAAACACAUUUUCACGAACUGGCUUCCUGUGUUUGUGUAUUAGCAAGGGAAGUCAGGUGCCUGGCCCUCCAGCCUUUGCCAGUUCUGAUUCUUUUACUUCUGGAAUACACACCCUUAUUCUGAACCCGGAAACACAGGCUCUGGCCUGCAAUGGAAAUGAAAGAAUCCUCUCGCUUGCUCUCUUUCCGAAACCUAGUGCUUAAGUUUUGACUAUGUGGCUCUAUGGAACCACCGAAUGCAAGAAAUAAUCUUCAUGAAUUACUUCUAGCUGGAAGAUUCAUUAAAAAUCAUCUUGACCCCUUUUUACAGGGGAAAAAGAACGGAUUUACUCAAAACUAAACUGAGUUGAUGGCAGAGCUAGAAAUUCAUUUCUGUAGGUCUUUGCUUUCUAUCCAUUCAUUAAUUCAACACAUUUCUGAGCACUCGAUAUAUGCUGUAUAUAUCUGUAAUCUGUAGCUCUUAAUCCUUGUCCAAUUAGGAUCCUUAUGUGGGAAGAAGUGAAGAAAAGGAUUGGUUACUGAAGAACCCACAGGCCCUUAUUAUAAAUGUAGAGAACUAUGGCUAUGUUAUACGGGCAGUUGAUUUAUCUCUCAGGUGCUAUCUUAAGAAGAAAUAUACCACCCACUCCAGAUUGUAUUGGGGAAUGUCACAGGUUUUUUAGUUGCUAAAAUUGCAAAAAUUCAGUCUUUAAAAGGCUUGACCCUCCCCAGAAGACUUUUCUUCCAUAAUUUAACUUCUCUUCUCUCAAAUCACAAAUUUAUAGGCUUAGAAAAAUCACUGUUGCUGGCCAUGUAAUUUAUUACCAAUAUCAAAUAAUAAACACUUAAAACAAGA